CUUAGCGCAUCAUACACCUUUUGGUAGCGACUGGUCACUACAGAGUCGGUAAGCACUACGCAGCCACAACAGUUGGCAUAGAGCAGGCUUCAGUCACCGGAUCAAAGUCUCCAACGAGGUGUGUGUAUCGGCGGCCUCUAAGGACACUGAAGAUCUCUUCUAGUAUGUGUUGUCACAUCUCUGAACGAUCGUUGACACACGACGAUUGGAAGCUCGUUUUUCUCCUACUGAAGAUCUGCCUUGCUGCGACUACUCAGGCCACGGUCUUUCAUACCUGCUUUUCAUUUGGGCAACAGCGGAGAACCUGGCACCAUCUCACACUUGUAGUCAAAGUGGAAAAACUUAUUGCAGCCACUCAAACUCAUGUCCUGGUUCUUUUUCCUAAGCAUCUGAAUCUGCUUGAGGGUUGCUUAUAAUGUCAAGCUCGCAGCGGCGUUCAUUCUGAUAAAUAUGACCUGGAGGGGACACUUCGCUCAUAGGAAC